CUUCUUCGCUCUUCCAUCCCAAGAGUCGAGUCACCUGUCAUCCGACUCAUCUGCAACUACUGCAGCCAAUGAAGACGCUUGCCCAUCUACCAUUGGGACCCUCCAAUCGAGAUCUGUGUCAAUACGGCUUCGGCUUCGUAUGCACUGAUCUGGAUUUCCAAAGAACAGAUAACUCACAAACCCCCGUCACUAUUUCCCAGUAUUGGUGGCUCUCUUGCUCGAAGCCAUAGGUGGCCAUUCAUUUCAUUCCUUUGAAGAGAAUCACUGUGCCUUGGCCAGUUGGUGGUUUGAAACUAUCUUGGUUGUUUCUGUCUUGAAUAGUCAACAUCAAGUACGCUAGUUACUUGGCCUUCCAUGUACUCGAUUCCCUCUGUGUCUUUGUUUAUUUGAUAUUGCGGUUUGUUUGUUACCUCGUCUUUCUCCAUCGAUUCAGUGAUUGACAAUUGGCAAAAGGGAAAUCCGGAGAGCGUGAAUACUAGCUCAAUGGAUGCCCAGAAUGUACCAAGCCAAGAGCUCUCAAGCCAGAGGUCAUCAGCCCAAGAAAAGAUAGAGGAAGGAUAUUCGAAAUCGUCAACUAAAUCUACCAGAUCGAAAGAGUCGGCAUCCGGAUCAGCCCCUGAUGAGAUCGAUAACGAAUCUAAUAUCGGAACCUUGACCAGGCCUGCGAAUGCACCCGAUCCCUCCCAGCUAUUUUAUCUCUCCCUGAUCGAGGGGCGUUGUCGAACUCAAGCAAAAGAACACAUCAAUUCUGGGAGACACCGUGAUGAUCUGGUGCCCGAGGACCACCCUGAGGUGACAGCUUUCGCCGAACAACUAUUCAACGAGUCUUAUCGAGAGCUUAUUAAGAUUGGAUUCAUUCCUCAGGAAGUCAGUUUUCCAGAUAUCAAAGAGCUGCGACGCUAUCUGGCCACCUUCGACAACAGGCUUAAUGACAUUGUCAAGAGACAACCUUCUAUAUCAUUUGCUGACAGCAAUUUUCGUGCCAUUGAAAGCUACCAGGACUAUACGCUGAGCGAAUUUGGGGAAACAUCGAUUUUCGAAAGCUCACAACCCCAGGCUCUCGUGACGCUUCCCGGAGAUCUAUCAGCCUCCCCUCUUCGAUCGCUUAUGUACCCCACCAACGGACGACACCAAGAAUCUACCUAUCACCGGAAGUUCGAAGAAAUCUGCCUUUUGGGCAAGGGAGGAUUCGGCCAAGUCUUUCGGGUACGUCACAUUCUGGAUCAACAAGAAUAUGCUGUGAAAAAGAUACGCGUUUCUGCGAGUCAACUAGCCGCAAUUCACAAUGAAUUUCAGCUACAGGACCUUCUGAACGAGCUUCGUGCUCUGGCAAAGUUGCAGCAUCGGAAUGUAGUUCGCUAUUACGACAGUUGGUUAGAGCAAAGCGAUGUUUCGAGUCGAAGUAUGGGAACUCGGCAGCAUCUGCUAGAUGACCAAGAAUAUGACUCGAAGUAAGUGUCAACCAUAGUCACUGGUCAGUGGGAAUGAUCUCGUCUGGCUAAUUUAGAGAUACAGAUCAAGUGAGACAGACUUUACCUCUUCAUCGGAAAAAUCUAUUGAGUCAGGUUUUCAGAGUCUACAAAUUGGACAGCUCGAGGUAGAACUGAAAAGAGAGGAGAGGAAAAAACGAAGAAGCUCCUUCCUAAACCUCGAAAACAAUUACGAUGUUGUUUUUGAAGACCCCAACUCACCGGCACUUGGAUCAAGCCGACCAGAAGAAGCGUCAACAACACCCAAUGGCGCCUCGCUAUUUCUCAAACCCAGUGAGAUGUCAGAUGAUGAUGAAGAUAUCGAGGAGAUCGAGCGAGCUGCAAUGAAUCCACAAAUGAUGAAAAAUGAGAAAGACUGGGUCAUCUUCAUCCAAAUGGCACCAUAUCCCAUUACUCUUGAGGAUUACGUCUGGUCUGAACAACAAAAGUCUCAGACUGUUCGACUCCAACAUUGUUUUCAUAUCCCAAAUACUGCCCGUAUUCUGCUAGAGAUUUUAGAAGGGGUUGAUUACAUUCACAGUCAUCAAAUCGUGCACCGAGAUUUAAAGCCAAGCAACAUCUUUUUGUCAGUUUACACUGGAAAGUCACCACCGGACGGUUCAAUCAAUAUUACAUCAUGCAGAGACUGCGGCAAUGCGUCGUCUACGGUUCCCCAAACAUUUGUAACUCCGCAUAUUGGAGACUUUGGGCUCAUAGCAAAACUAGAUGAAUCUCCCCCGGUACAUGAUAGUGAAUCAUUUCGACCAUCGCCCUUCGCAGUUCUCUCCUCUGUUGCAUCAUCCAAGCAGCCAGGCACUAAAUACUAUCGGGCCCCAAAUAUUGACAGCAAAUCACAGUUUAUUUGUCCGAAGCUAGACAUAUACAGCCUUGGUGUCAUCGCAUAUGAAUUGCUUGUCAAAUUCGGUACCAAAUCGGAGCGACAUGUUGUUCUGGAUAGACUCAGUAGUGGUUCGUUGGACGGCAUGAACGGUCAUGCAAUGGAGAAUGGAAUUAAAGGGAUGCUAUGCUCAGAACGUGAGGCAAGAUGGGAUUCUGGAAAGGUUCGAAGCUGGCUUCUAGGGUUUGUCAAUGGUGCAUGAGAUUGUUGUUGUUUGAUCUACUUUCCAAUUAUUGAUACCCACGAAUCCGGCGAUUGCAGCCACCUUUACUAAAAUCAAUUUCGUUAGUACCACUGUCACUGCCACUCUCAAAGGGACUUAGCUCACGAACUUGAAGUGUUGAGAAGCACGUUCCGGGCUGAUGGUCCCACAAGUUCAGAGGAACUGGACUAUCCAGUAGCGGUUUAGUCCAUCGCACUUCUUUUACAUUAGAUCCAUGUGAUAGACAACUACCAUCCCCUUUUCAAUAGAUAACAAUCUUGAAAUAACCCCCGGGCCCAUAGCAAUGGUUCCUAACU